GAAGCAUGCAGAAAGGAGACAAGGAAGGCAAAAGAGCUAGUUGUCACCCUAAGAAUGCAGGCAGUGCUGUUCCUUCUUGGCACCUUGUGUGCCUGGAGUCAUUCUGCUCCAACGUCUAACCAUAAACCCCUAUCGGUUAUAUUCCCAUCAGACAUAAGGAGCAACUUGAGUGACCUGGAGACUGCAGAGAAAUAUCUAGUACGCUAUGGUUACAUGCCGCUGGCACAUGGAGAAACAACUCAAGUCUCCCUGAGAAGGUCACUCACCAUAAUGCAGAAGAAAAUGGGACUUAAAGAAACUGGGCAGCUUGAUGCAGAAACAUUGAAGACCAUAAAUAGCCCUAGAUGUGGCGUGCCAGAUGUGGGCAAGUUUCAGACCUUCGAAGGAGACCUAAAGUGGGAUCAUAAUGAUAUUACAUACAAGAUCCUCAACUACUCUCCUGACAUUGACCCUGAAGUGACUGAUGAUGCCUUUGCUCGUGCUUUCAAAGUCUGGAGUGAUGUGACACCCCUCACAUUUACACGAAUCUACGAUGGUGAACCUGACAUUAACAUCUUGUUUGGAUCUGACAACCAUGGAGAUCCAUAUCCUUUUGAUGGGAAGGACGGUCUUUUGGCUCAUGCCUAUCCACCUGGAGAAGGUGUGCAAGGUGACGCUCACUUUGAUGAUGAUGAGAACUGGACUCUUGGGACUGGAGUGGUGGUGAAGACUCGAUUUGGUAAUGCAGAAGGAGCUCUGUGUCAUUUUCCAUUUGUGUUUGAGGGUGAAACCUACAACUCUUGCACAAGUGCUGGAAGAUCUGAUGGACACAUCUGGUGUAGCACAACCGCCAACUUUGAUGAGGACAAAAAAUAUGGCUUCUGUCCUAGCGAGUUGCUAUACACAUAUGAUGGAAACAGUAAUGGCGAGCCCUGUGUAUUUCCUUUUAUUUUUGAUGGGGAGUCUUAUUCUUCCUGUACAAAAGAAGGACGUUCAGAUGGAUAUCGCUGGUGUGGUACCACAGCCAGCUAUGACAAGGACAAAAAAUAUGGCUUCUGUCCCAACAGAGACACUUCUGUGACUGGAGGAAAUGCUCAAGGUGAUCCUUGUGUUUUCCCAUUCACCUUCCUGGGUAAGACAUAUCGCAAAUGUACAAGUGAUGGGAGGGAUGACAAGAAGCUAUGGUGUGCAACUACCUCCAGCUAUGACCAGGACCGGAAAUGGGGAUUCUGUCCAGACCAAGGCUACAGUCUGUUUUUGGUAGCAGCUCAUGAGUUCGGUCAUGCGUUAGGACUUGAGCAUAGCAGCGUCCAAGAUGCACUCAUGUACCCUAUGUACAAAUACGUGAAAGACUUCGAGCUCCAUCCUGAUGACAUAAGUGGGAUACAGUAUCUAUACGGAGCUGGAACCGGUCCACAGCCCACUCCACCGAAACCCUCCAAGAAACCAGCUCCUGCAACCACUCCUUCAACUCCUUCCACCACCACCUCCACCACUACUGUCAGUGUGGAUCCUGCACAAGACCCAUGUAAAGUGAAAGUAUUUGAUGCCAUUGCAGAAAUACAAGGAGUGCUUCAUUUCUUUAAGGAUGGGGUGUACUGGAAAUUACCUGCCAUGGGCCCUCCCAAGACUUCUAUCCCAAUAUCAGAAACUUGGCCAGCUCUGCCCUCCAAUAUUGACACUGUAUUCCAGGACCCCCAGAGCAAGAAGAUCUUCUUUUUCUCAGGUCGCAAAUUCUGGCAGUACACAGGAAACACAGUUCUGGGGCCACGUAGCCUUGACAAACUGGGAUUAGACAAGGAUGUGGAUAAAAUCUUAGGUGCUGUUACACGGAAUAAUGGGAAGGUCCUGUUAUUCAAUGGUGAAAGAUACUGGAGACUUGAUGUGAAGUCACAAACUGUGGAUAAGGGGUAUCCUCGAAGCACAGAUGAAGAUUUCGCUGGGGUUCCUUCUGAUUCUCAUGAUGUCUUUGUGUAUCAGGGCAAAUACUACUUCUGUCAGGAUUUCUUCUUCUGGCGUAUGACGUGGCGCAAGCAAGUGGAAAAAGUCGGCUAUGUGAAAUAUGACCUUGUGCGCUGUCCAGAAAAUUAGAGCUGCAGCUAGGGCGUCAAAUUGAUGGAAGAAGAGAUGGGUGGCGUGUUGGGAAAGGGUUAAACCACCGCUUUGAUUGGCAGAAGUAGCUUAAAACUAGAAGUUGUGUUUUUUUUUUUUUUUUUUAUAUAUAUGUGAAUCUUAAAACCCGUGCCUUCUUGGAGGCAGAUGUGCUCUUACAAGAGAACUGUAAAUGUUCAGGCACUGUAAACAUGGCCUCCAUGUUUAAUCCCCCUUAGGGACGUGUGUGAGUGUGUGGACGUGUGUGCCUAGGCCUGCCUGGCGCAGGUUUUCCCAGAGCUGUGUGACAGAUGAUGAGUUGUGGCAGUAGUGAAACAAGACAAGGUGACCUUUCAGAGAUUUCUAUAAUAUAUUGUUUUCUUUUCUAAUAAAUACUGUUCCUUCCUGA